GUAACGCAAGAAGAGACCUCAGCUAUACAUAAUUUCCGUAAAUGACGCAUGCGUAUUUUGUGAAAACUGCAAAUCAGAAUUAGUUCAACGGAAUCCCAGCUAGUGGAAGUGAGCGCGGGGUUGCAAGGAGAAAAUUUUCUCAUCAAGUGUUUAAUAAAUCUGUCACAUUACGGUCGGGACGAGAGGAUAAUACCGCGAGGCGAGGCGUUAAAAACAUGGCUAAGCCCGAGCAGAUUUUAAUUAUCGAGCCACAGGGCGAGCUGCGGUUCAGGGGACCUUUUACAUCUCCGGUCACAACGUAUAUGAAACUGACCAAUCCGUCGGACCACAAAGUGUAUUUUAAAAUAAAGACGACUGCCCCUAAGAAGUACUGCGUCCGGCCCAAUUCUGGCGCCCUAAAGCCUAAGGGUGUCACUCAAAUAGCAGUAUGCUUACAACCAUUUGACUUUGUUCCUGGCGAGAAAAAUAAACACAAGUUUAUGGUUCAAACUAUGAUAGCUCCUGAGGAUGACGACGAAGAUUUUGUCAACGAGUCGUUGUGGAAGGACAUAAAUCCAGAUCAGUUAAUGGACUUCAAACUGAAGUGUGUCUUCGAAAAUCCAGUAAGCAAUACCACAGCUGAGAGCAGCGAUGGUGUGGAUGAUGAUAAAAACAAGGGGAUCGGCGAUUCUGUCAAAUCAUCUCCCAAGCCACAUGGAAAGAUGGAGGAAGAACUAAUGAAAGCGGCACUCGAAGUAAAGCAACUCAGGGAGGAAGAGAGCAACCUUAGGCAGGAAAACCUUCAGCUGAAGGAAGAGCUUAUAAGAUUGCGGCAUGCUGCAUCGGGCACAGCGACUAUUACAAGUGGAAACAUGGCAGCGCUUGCGGGACUGACAGCGAACAGUGGCGACAAGUUAAAUCCAACUAAAAUUCCUACCAGUGUACUCAUCGCCAUUGCCAUGGUGGUAGUCGGAUACUUGCUGGGGAAGUUAAUCUGAGCACAUCUGCCUUGCCGAUAACUCCAGCCCCCCUCCUCCCCCCUCGCCCCUCCCCCAUACCCAAAAAUUUUCAUGGCUGAACCGCUGCGUGGUUCAUUGCCAUUAGCACGAAGCGUAAACGUCUCAAGUUGUCCUGUUAAUUAAUUGUUCAGUGAAAAACGAAAAGAAAGAAAAAAAAAAAAAUUUGAAACCAAAUUCUAUCGUGGUUUACAUUAAUCGAGUCAUCCUGUAGGGCAUUGUGCUUACUUUUUUUUAUAAUGCAAAUAAAAUAUCCGACGGUUUUUUUUUUUUUUUUUAGCUUUUUUUCUUAAAUCUCUUUUAAACUUUAAUUUUCCAUAUGACUUGUCUGAUGUUUCGAACGCGCAACACUGCGACCCUCGACUAUGCGUAUAAGUACAUACAGUACAGAUUUUUUCUGUCAAUGAAAUUUAAUAAAUUGAAAUAAUAUGACGAUAGCAGAUGUUACAAGUAUUGAUUCUCAAUUACGACAAGUCUAUUCCUUCUUUCUUCGUUUUCUGUUUUUUUUUUUUUUGUUCCUUCCAUGUCUUUGAAACCAUGUCGCCACUAAUAAGUAUGUAAAUUAUGGAAUUAUUGAUAAAUGUUAUAAUAAAUAGUACGAAUGAUAUUAUGUUUAAAUCAGACCGCAUAAUUGUAUACAUACACACACACACACACACACACGUGCAUAUUACGCACCUGAUAUAUUACGUCGAAACGAACUUUGUUGUACAUAAUGCAUUAAAAGUGAAAAUUCAUAAAUUGAUGAUAUCAGGGUGGGGGUGAUGGCUGAAUAAGUAGUGAUGCGCAACGUGGCGAACUUGGGCAUAAUAAACGUCGGUGUGUAACUCUGGCAACGGCUUGCUGUGCGUAAGUUGUUGACGCAUUCAAUUUAUCAACGCUUCAAGUGUAAUUUUUAUUUAUUUAUGUUUGUCUAAUAUAAAUGAAACAAAAGAUU